GCACAGAACUUUAUGUAUGUCAGAGGCAACUCAUUUUAUUUUGAAAUCCACGAACGGAAGUCCACCCAUCUGUCUAAAACGGUUGAGCGCUACAACUAGCAGUACUUGCUACCGUUUGAACUUCUUUCACAUCACUACCCCAGUAUUGAGGCAAACUACACAAAAUGCAGAAUCAGUGUGCUGCUCCAAACUGUACGAGUUUAAAAUCGGACUUGUAUUCACUCUUCAGGUUUCCGCUUGAUGCAGAAAGGUGUAAAAUGUGGGUGGAAAAAUGCCAGCGGGAAGACCUAGUAGACAAAUCACCAGAACAUCUCUUCAGAUACUAUCGACUUUGUGCAAAGCAUUUUGAAACUUCUGAUGAUAGUAGUGAGCCGGUUACAGUGAUAAAGGAUGAUGCCAUACCAACUAUAUUUGAUGAUCCCAACAAACUUCAAAAUGCGCAAGUAAAGCGCAGUAAAGAGAUGGAUGAAGAUACGAAGACCAGGGGAAGAAAAAAAAUCAAAAGCUCUCAAGCUGAAGUGGACAAGGAGGAGCCAAAAACAACUCCAGAGGAAGACACAUACAAAAACUAUCUCAGGUCUUUAUUCGAAGCGCUUGUGUUGUUAGGAGAGCAAAACAUUCCCGUCACCAGUUCCAAUACUACUGAACAAGACUCUGUUGGAUUAAACAACUUUGAGGCAUUGCUCGAGUAUCGCAUGAGUUGCGGAGAUGAGGGCAUGAAGAAGUACGACGCAAAUAGAGAGGGUUCGUCAUCACUACAGCUCAAACAGCUGAUUGAAGUGUGCGAGAAAUGCAUCCGGAGUAAGGUGAUGGAGGACGUGAAAGAAAAUGGCUUCUUCUCACUUAUUACUGAUGAUCUGGUGAAGAUUUCGGAUGAGUGGUACCUCCCUGUCUUCCUGCGCUAUGUGGAUGACUCCAACUACCAGCGCGAGAGGUUUGUGGGUUUUUUGUCUUUCGAUGGCGACGCAGACGUUUUGGCAGAGAAACUGCUAUCUGAAAUGAUCAAUGAAUGGGGUUUGAACAUGGAGAAGUGUCGAGGCCAAGCGCACUCAUGCUCUGGAACACAUUUUGCUAAAAUUAAAGCAUUUGCCGCCAAAGUCACUGAAAAGUAUCCAUUGGCCAUGCUCACAGUUCGGCCGACUCAAGCCUUGAACAUAACGCUCGCCAACGGGAUGGCUUUGUCAGGAGUUCAGCUUGUCAUGUGUACUCUGAAGAAAAUUGAGUCUUUCUUCAACCAAUCACCUUUACUGCGUCUGGAGUUGGAGCACGCCAUUUCUGUUAUUUACCCGGACAAAGAAGAGAAGGUCAAAGAGCUGAAAGAGACUUGUUGUACCGGUUGGACCAGAAGACACGAUGCUUUUGAGGUGACGCUGGACCUUCUUGAGGCUUUGUUGCUUUGCGUGGACAGCGUGCAUGACAAUGAGGACUUGCGAUGGAGCGACCAGAUCACAUAUAAUGCUUUGGAGAUCUCAAAAGCUCUGGCUGACUUUGAGUUCAUCAUGGCCUUGGUUGUGCUGAAAAACACCAUGAUACUUUUAAGGGCAUUUGGAAAAAACAUCGAAGGGGAAGCAACAGAUGUCUAUUUUGCUGCUGGCAGCGUCAAAGCCGUGUUGCACUCUCUGAAGGAAGUAUCCGACAAUAUUGACGUAUACCAUGAGUUCUGGACUGAAGAGGCGGUUAACCUCUCCGCCACGAUGGAGAUUCCAGUCGAACUUCCUCGGUCGCUCUUGAGGAAGCAUCCGUCAGAGUUGGGAAGCCUUCAGCCAGAGAAUUACUACAAAGAGCACCUUUCUCUUCCCGUGGUGAACCAUACGCUCAAAGAAGUCACUGAACUCUUCAGUGAUGACCACCUAAAAGCACUCAGAUGUUUGUCGCUGGUCCCUUUUGUAGUUGAACUAAACAAGGCUGGGCAGCCUGAAGAAGAAAACAUGUUGGUGUUUAAAAACGACAUUCCUAACCCCGGUUCCCUCACCGCUGAGCUGCAUUGUUGGUGGGUUAAAUGGAAUAAAAAAGGUAAAGGAGAAGUGUUGCUAAGCAGUCUGCAGGAAACGCUGCAGCAGGCUGACGUGAAGUUCUUCCCAAACAUGCUAGCUGUCCUGAGACUACUGGGCGUCUUGCCUACUUUGGCUCUUGAUAUCAGUUGUGACGUGGCGUACAAGCGCUUCAAGAUGUACAUGCAAAACACCCCUGAUGCAGCUAAAUCAAAGAGCCUGGCUCUUCUGAACAUAAACAAUGACGUGGGAUAUGAUUUGGAUUCAAUGGUAGAAGUCUAUAUGAAGACAUACCCCGGCGGCGAUGAUGCUUUGUAGUUUUGUUUUUUUUAAACAUUUUUUAACCGACUAGUUUUGAGGGAAUGGUGCUCAAUGAAAUUAUUUCCCUAUGUUCUAGUCCUCCAAGCGCUAAGACUGAUUUUAACAUGUUAAGGUUUUUUCCCCCUCUCUUGUCUCUAGCUCUCUCUUUGAGAUGAAAUGUCAAUGACUCAUUAAAAUUAACAUUGAAUACAAAAGUCUAAAAAUGAUACAUUUGCCAAGUGCUUUAAAUUAUCCAGUUAGGAAGACAAUUGUGACAGAAGCAUCUUGUAAAUGCCAUUCAAGUUUACAAUUAUUCAAAAUUACUACUGUGACAAUCUCAUUCGUUAUCCACAUUCCAUAAUUGUUUACAUUUUUUUGUGUUGUGACAACUAUACAUUCUAAAAUAAAAUGUUUUCAAACGUU